GUCGGGCGAGAGAACCAAACAAAGAACCCUAAUUUCGGGAGCCAUGAUGAUACGGGGUGGAUCCUUGUUUGCCAAGUACUGUCGAAGAGGGAUGUCAUCAUCUCCAGACUUGUCUUCACAGCAGCACAAGUCGUUGACCCGAGAGCCUACUCGUCUUAGCUUGUUUCUUUUUAGGUCGACACUUCUGUUCUUCGGAUUCAAGAUCGGAGUCCAUUCAACUGGCCCUGAUCCACUUAAUGCUGCCCGGCGAGAGUCCUUGGACGAUAAGGAGAAAGAUUUGGAAGACAGGAUGAAAAUCCUUGAUUUCCAAGAAGCACUUCAUGCUAAACUGGAACUGGAACUGAUGAAUAAGACUUCGCAAGACCAGAGAUAAUUCACCAUCGGAAUGUGGGUUUCGGCCUUCUAUGCUCUCUCUUUUAUGUAUUUAUAUUUAUGCUUGUCUUCCAUGUAAGCUUUGCUAAUAUGUUAUCUUGAGUGGCAUCUUGUUCAAUGGAGACUAUUAGAUCCUUCUUCCAUCGUCGUUACUUUUACCAGACCUGUGAUAGAUAUUACAACCAGC